AUGGCUAUGGAUAAGUUUAAAUUUAGAAAGAAUAUACAAAUAUCAACUAUAAUAAACAUUCAUAGAAAAUUAUGGGAGAUAAUUCAAGAUGUCAAUAGUAUAUUUGGGAUGCAGAUAUUUUUAGGAUUGCUUGAAAGUGGCGUAUUAACUUUGUAUUAUGUGAAUGCUAUUAAUUUUAACAUUCAACGAGGCAUCUUUAUCAAAAUUAUUAUGUUUUCUAUACUGACAGUAACAGAAUUGAUGUUGCCAAUUCUUACAAUCUCCGCUAGCGAUUGGAUGACAACGGAAUCACAGAAAUUGCUUAUGGUAUGCUAUGGGUUUCAAGAAGAUUUUUCAUUUUUUUCGAGCGAAAAUUUGGAAUUAUUCAAUUUGAAAAAUCAUAUUGACGUAACGAAACCGAAGAUGACAGCUUGUGGAUUCUAUGAACUCAACAGUAAACUUAUUUUCACUUUAUUCGGAACUCUAACCACUUUCUUUUUCAUCAUCAUACAGUUUAACAAAAAAGUGUAAAUCAUUACAAAUAUUUAUCAAAUAUUCACUUAUACUUGAUAUCACAAUAAAUGAAGAAUGUGUAAAGGAA